AGUUCAGCCGGAACGUCCGAUGGAGCGGAAGGACACAGAAGGCAAGGCGGAAUGCUUGGAAUAAGGCAUUCAGUCGGACUUCAAGUGUGAAAACAGCAACGGGAAUCUUCGGAUACCCGGUCGCAAACGAUAUGGGAAAGAGUUGGUGAUAGCUUCCAUUGGAAACGGAUGGGCAAAAUUAUAGGAGAUGGGCACCUCUCUCAUAGGUGUUCCAUCAGUAUCAGUUUGCGAUACAAGAGUACCGGUGGCAAGGCACCCAGGAAGCAGCUGGCCACCAAGGCUGCAAGGAAGAGCGCGCCGGCCACCGGAGGCGUCAAGAAACCUCACAGGUACAGGCCCGGCACGGUCGCCCUGCGUGAAAUCCGCCGUUACCAGAAGUCCACGGAGCUGCUCAUCCGCAAGCUGCCCUUCCAGCGCCUGGUCCGCGAAAUCGCCCAGGAUUUCAAGACCGACCUGCGCUUCCAGAGCUCCGCCGUGAUGGCACUGCAGGAGGCCAGCGAAGCCUACCUUGUCGGCCUGUUCGAGGACACCAACCUGUGCGCCAUCCACGCCAAGCGCGUCACCAUCAUGCCAAAGGACAUCCAGCUGGCUCGUCGCAUCCGCGGCGAACGUGCUUAGACGGCCCGCUUCGACACAGCAGCAACAACAACAAACAAACGGCCCUCUUCAGGGCCACCCAAUUGCUUACUGCAAAGGCUUUGCACUGCGUUGAAACCCAAACGCGAGCUGUUGGAUGCGCAUAAGAGCAAGUAAGUUUUGCUGGGGGCACAUUUCUUGGGCUGGCGUGAGCACGGGGCCUUUAUUGUCGUGCGUGGCGCGCGCUCUUCGUAGUGCUCUCGUUGUCCCAAACGCCCAAGGAGUUUGCCGCCAGCGAAACGGGAAGCGAACGUUUCCCAUGAUGCUCAUAAGCGACAGUGCUAAUAAACAGAAGGAAAGGUG